GCGGCUGCUGUGGGGGUUAUGCUGGUCCUGGUGCUGGUGGUGCUUAUCCCAGUGCUUGUGAGCUCCGUGAGCACUGACGCGGGACACUACGAGAUGCUGGGCACCUGCCGCAUGGUGUGUGACCCCUUCAUGAACAAGGGCACUCCCCCCAGCUCCACCACCUCCACCGGGCUGCAGGCCGAGGCUGAGGCGCUCAGUGACAACAGCAAUGUGCUCCCUCCCUCCACGCUGCUGCAGGGGCCACAGGGCAAGCCCGGGCGGCCGGGGAAACCUGGACCCCCAGGACCUCCCGGAGAGCCCGGCCCACCAGGACCAGCUGGGCCACCAGGUGACAGAGGGGAGUUGGGCCGGACAGGGGUCUUGGGGCUGGGGGGUAACGGAGCUAUCAGCACCGCCACCUACAACACCAUCCCACGGGUGGCCUUUUACGCUGGACUUAAAAACCCACAUGAAGGCUACGAGAUCCUCAAGUUUGAUGAUGUGGUCACAAACCUGGGCAACAACUACGACGGAGUGUCUGGCAAGUUCAUCUGCUCCAUUCCAGGCACUUACUUCUUCAUCUACCACGUCCUGAUGAGAGGGGGAGAUGGCACCAGCAUGUGGGCAGACCUCUGCAAGAACGGACAGGUCCGAGCCAGCGCCAUCGCUCAGGACGCAGACCAGAACUAUGACUAUGCGUCCAACAGCGUCAUACUACACCUGGAUGCUGGGGACGAGGUCUAUAUCAAACUUGACGGAGGCAAAGCUCAUGGAGGAAACAACAACAAAUACAGCACCUUCUCUGGCUUCAUCCUGUACGCAGACUGA